GUUAAUUUUAGGGGACUUCUUCAGAAAUCGAAGGUACCUCGCGAAGAUAUAGAAUAUGUCGUUGUUGGCUCCGUUAUUUCCGAAGUGAAAACCAGCAACGUUGCUCGAGAGGCGUCAUUGGCAGCAGGGUUACCAGCAAAAGUACCAGCUCACACCGUCACCAUGGCUUGCAUGUCUUCCAAUCAAGCAAUCACAACUUGUAUGGAAAUGGUCCGUUCAGGUCAUUGUUCGAUAACGGUAGCGGGCGGCGUUGAUACCAUGAGCGACGUUCCCAUUCGCAUUGGUCGGAAACUUAGACGACAUUUGCUGGACUACAACAAGAGUAAAAGUACGGAUAAGGUAAAAAACCUUAUUCAGCUGCUGAAUCCGCUGAAUUGGACGAUCGAGUUUCCUUCCGCCACCGAGUUUUCGUCCAACGAAACGAUGGGGCAGUCAGGGGAUCGAUUGGCGACGUCUUUUAACAUUUCUAGAAAAGAGCAGGACGAGUACGCCAUUCGAAGUCAUACACUGGCUUUCGACGCUUUUCGCAACGGCAAAAUGACCGAUAUCAUUCCGGUUGUUGUUCCAGGACUGAAGGAAGCCGUUACUUUCGACAAUGGAAUUCGUCAUUCGAGCAUGCAGCAAAUUAGCAAGUUGAAGCCAGUGUUUCGAAAAAUCAUUGGUUCUGCUACUCCUGCAAAUUCUAGUUUUCUGAGCGACGGCGCUUCUGCAUGUCUUAUCAUGUCGGAGGAGAAGGCUCUCGCUGCCGGGUACAAGCCUAAGGCCUAUCUUCGAGAUUACGUCUACGUUGCUCAAGAUACAAGAGAUCAGUUGCUGCUUGGGUACGUGCUGAUACAUAUUUUGCAAAUUACCGUUAAAGCCCAAAACGAAGUACAGUGCUUCUUUCGAUUUGUUUAA